AUGCUCUGGACGAAAGGGGUAUCAUUCUCAUCGAUACCUCCUAGAUGGGUCCUCCUUCGCAGCUACGCCCGAAGUGCUAGCUCGUCGGCUUCUCCUUCUAUCAGAGAUAUUAAAGAUUCCAGAAUCCACAUAACCAGUUCUAAACUCUGCAACGAUGUCCUUGAAAGACUAGCCCCAACGCUUCCGAACAGUAAGCCCGUCGAUAUCAUUGAUGCAUAUCCAGGACUUGGUAUAUGGUCUUCCCAUUUCCAUGAAUAUGUUCGCCCUCGACGACAUAUAUUACUCGAGCCAAAUUUCAGAACGUAUGAAGCGCACCUAAAACCUUUACUUCAGUCCCCGGGAUCGCGAUACGUACACGCACCAUUAGAUCCGGCAUUGGAUAGGACAUUCUUCGAUUUAUUUAAAAAAGGAUACCUGCCUGAGCAGACUGAGCGUACAGAAGGAUGCACAGAAGUGAAUGACACAUUACUAGUUUUGGCCAACAUGACACUUCUUCGCUCAGCUACGAAACUACGAGCGACAGACUCGCGAAAGUACUUUGAAUCUAUGCUUGAUCAAAGCUAUUUCCACCGCUAUGGUUUGGUACGAAUUAUUGCGAUAUUUCCAUCCUCGAAUUUAGAUGCGAUCUUACCCAAGAGUAUAAGCAGACGCCGGAGAACACAGGCUUUACUGGAAUGCAUUGCUUUGGAAGCCAAUGAAGUAGCAGGAGACACUAGCGAGACUACACAUUUGACUCGACGAGGUCUGCCUGUCGUUCAAAUCAGUGCUGAAAGAGCUGCAAAGAGGAAUGAGGGUGUGGUUGUAAAAGUGCCUCCCGGCCGAGAGCCAGUACCUCUUGAACUCUCUCCAAAGCCUGUUGCCGUAAACGGGGUCGAACAUUCUUAUGUGCCACGCCCUAUUCAUGACUGGCAUCGUGAAUACAUUAGGGCGCAUAAGGAUCUGAAGAAGGAAGAACAAAAAAUUGACACAAGCAAUCCAAUACCUGUAAAGUUGAAGGAUCUUAGGAAAAAUUUUGCCGCCCUACAGAAGAGAUAUCUAUACGAAAGUUCUCAGAUCCGAUCGGCACAUGAAGCAGACGACAGACAGUGCGAUAUUGACAAUAUAGAAGCUGAUCUUCGAAAAGUGAUGAAUGGCACCCUGCCAGUACCUAAUCGUCGCGAGGCAGGCAAAAUCAUCAAGAACCUUGCCCUACUAAAAGAAGAGCGAGACCUUAUCCUCUCGUCACUAGGGAAACAAUUUAUCCGCCAUCAUUAUCCGUUGUUCGUGAACGAGCGGCGCUGCGUCUCUGGCUCACAGUCCAGCCCAUCUGUUGAGCCUCUCCUGCUCUGGGACAAACGGGCAUAUGAACCACUGCACGUUGAGAAGGAUGAAUUUUCCCCUAAAACACCAUGCUCGAUCGUUGACAUCCAACCGAAUCCAGACUCUUUUAUCUUUGAAGCUCAGCGGCAAUAUAAGGCCUCGAACGAGUCAUUCAAGUAUAUUUCCGUCCUGACUACGUUCCGUGCAUUGCUCAGGAUGUUUAUACCCUACCCCAAGAAAUCGAUUGAGCAGGUUCUACGGCUACUGUUUGCAUCUAGGCCAAUGACUGAUUUCCCGUCCGCUAUACCUUCGUUGGCGGAAUAUGCUACGCCCAAGAUCACGAUGGAUGCCAAAGAGGCAGCUUCAUGGAAACAUGUGAAGACUGAUAAUAGAAGAGGUGUGUUUGUAGGAUAUGAUAUGGACUGCUUGGCUGAAGCGACCUUGCAACGUAUUCCUAGCAAGCUGUUUUGGGAUAUUGCUGUGGAGUGGGAGAGGUGGCGCCACGAGAAGAAUUUGCCAGACACACUGUCUAAGUCGCUUGGUGGGGCGUUUAUCUCAGAUAUGAACGAAGCAUUCGAAGCCCGGCGGUGA